GUACGGGACAGCGAGGUUGGUAGUGGAUUGGCGGGGUCGCGACCUUGAAAACAAUUGUAACCGCUGAAACGCUUGUUUCUUAUCCCGCUCGCUGGCAAUAAAAAAUAAACCCAAAUUUCGCUCAUCGAAAAUGAAGGGAUCACUGAAAACCCGGCAUGAUUCCGACAAAAUGGAGGCUGUGGCCACCGUCGCCGUCAACGCCGGCGACGUCAGGCUCCGAGCCUCCAUGACAGACGCUACUCUGGUCAACGGCCCCAGCUUAAACGGCAUAGCUCUAGCCGUCGAAAAGCCCGGCUUCUUCAUCAUCGACUACAAUGUCCCCAAAAAGGAUUUCAGGUUUCAAUUUAUGAGAACAGUGACGGUUAGGGAUAAGCCACUGAACUUGAAUUACAUUCACUUUAAUGGCGAUAACCGGACAAUAUUGGACGGGACUUUUGUCUUCGAUCCUUCUAACAAGGUUUCAGCUAAUCACGUGCUCGGCUCCGGAAACUGCAAGCUGAAAUAUACUUAUGUGCAUGAAGGACUCACCACCUACGAGCCAAUCUACGAUUUCGCAAAGGAUACGUGGGACUUCGCAAUUUCGCAGAGAGUAUAUGGUGAUGAUGUGUUUAAGGCUCUCUACCAAACCUCGAGCAAGAACUUGUCCCUUGAAUGGUCGAGGAAUUCAAAAUUGAAUGGAAGUUUUAAGGUUUCUGCAUCUCUUAAUUUGGCCGAUGAUGUUAAAAUGCCAAAGUUGAGCGCCGAGAGUACCUGGGACUUUGAACUGUGAUUCCUCAUUCCUGGCUAUCAUUUUUCUGCCGUGAGGCCCGUGACCAUUCAAAGGUGAAGACUAUGGGUGAUCGGGUUUCACUAUAUGGAAGAUUACUGUGAUUGUACUUGAGAGAAUACAAUGCUGUGGUUAUUGCAAUAGGCUUAAACUUUAGUGAUUUAUUGCCACUUCACUUUGAUGCACGCUUUAUUCCUUUGUCGAGUGAAAUUUAUUAUUCUUCAUA